AUGAAGGAAUGUGGGAAGAAGGAUAUGACCGUUGAGCAAGUCGACGAAGCAAUGAAGAAUGCCAGCACCAAGACACAAAUGAGUUUGUGGAAGGCCUUCGAGACCAGUAGGAUUGCAGAAGGCCACCAGGAUGAGUUCCUCAAAGCCUCUGGAUCGGUGGGCUCCACGAAGAAGAAAAGGAAGAUGCUCAGCUCGUGGAUAUUGGACGGGGGGAAGUUCACGAAGCACUACAAGCAAGCAAUUCAGAACUAUGCUACCGGAGCACCUAGGAUGCUGAGGGCCAAGCAGCAAGUAAAGUGGAUUUGGCUUUCAAGGACGGAAGCGGAACGCCGCAUAGGCGCUGAGGAACUCAAGGAUCGUGUGCAGAGAAAGACGAUUGUGUGGCGCCGCAAUCCAGAAGACCAGAAAUAUUUCCAAUUCAGGUUUGCGAAAGAGUCCGACGAAGUCUGGACGGAGAAGUCGCAGCAGAGGAGAGGAUUCUCCGAGGCAGGGGCAACUAAGGAGGACAUGCUCGAAUGGAAAAGGGGAAUGAAAGAGGGGCCGGUCAUGGUGGAUGACUUCGACUUCGAAGAGGGGUCAGGCGACGAGGUCGACCCGGACGAGGACCCCCUGGGGUUGGCUACCACCAAGGGUAGGGGGAGGAAGGAGAAGGAGGAGGGAGGAAAAGAAGAAAAAAGAAACAAGUGGGAGAAUGAAAGCCAGGCCAGCCGGUGUAAGCUAGCAGCUAGCACAUGUUGCUGGGUUGGUAAGCCCUUAGCUGGGUUGGUAAGCCCUUGGCAUCAAAUCCCAAACCCCAGAUGCUAA